GGUGCGUGCGUAUGUGUGUAUGUGUAUGUGCGUGUGUAUGUGUGCAUGUGUGCGUGUGCACGCGUGCGCUGCUGCACUCAUGCUCUGGUAGAGCCUGUCAGGCUGCCCAGUCGCCUGGGACGUCAGGUCCUUUCAGGGAAGAAAGGAAGCAGAGGGACAAGGCAUGCCAGCCUUUUAUCCUAAGCCUGCUCCUGUACUGAGGAGUCUCCUCUCCCAGAGUCCCUGUGCUUUCCCGGGAACCAGGGAGCAGGUCAGAGUCCUCGGCUCUUUUAGAGGAGCAGGGGAAGGAGGAACUCUGUUGGCAGCUGGGCUCAGCACCUCCCCGUCAGUCCUGGGGUGCUUUCUGGGAGGUUGCCUGGGGGGGCCUUCUGAGGGAAGGCGGGGCAGGUUGUGGCCUAGGCCAUCCCUUGGGUAAAAUGAACCUGGUGGCCAGGCCAGGCCUGCCGCGGGGUUUGAAUGGAAGCAGCCGAGGGGCCGGUUCCUGCCAGGCUGUCAGGGGUCUGGUCCGCAGAGGGAAGCUGUGGCUUCUGUGCUUGGUCAGGAAGGCCAAAUGCUCAGCUGGGUCGGGCAGCAGCGGCUUUAGCUUCUGGCUCCGGAGAGGGCCACGAACCCGGCCAGGAUGCCGCACGCCCCACGCAGCCGCUGCGGAGAGUUGGCAUCACUUGGGCCCUUUAGGACCUUUGGAAAUUUUCCACUUACAUUUCGUAUUCAUGGAAGAAUUUCCAGCCCGGACGUUUCCUGCUCUUGCUCAAGGCUGCGCACAGAUAUGCAAAGCAGAGACCUCCCACCCCAGCCGGGGCAGGCAGGAUAGGCUAGCUGCUGUCACACUGACUCAGCUCAGCCUCCCGGGUGCACACGGCCCAUGGCCCGAGCGUGUCGCCCGUGUGGCAUCCUUGGGGCCAGCCAUGGAGACUCCAGCAGCAGGCUCAGCUGAGAUGCCGCGCCAGUUUCCCAAGCUGAACAUCUCUGAGGUGGAUGAGCAGGUCCGGCUCCUGGCGGAGAAGGUCUUUGCUAAAGUGCUCCGGGAAGAGGACAGCAAAGAUGCCCUGUCCCUUUUCACCGUCCCUGAGGACUGCCCCAUUGGGCAGAAGGAGGCCAAGGAGAGGGAGCUGCAGAAGGAGCUCGCGGAGCAGAAGUCUGUGGAGACGGCGAAAAGAAAGAAAAGUUUCAAGAUGAUUCGGUCCCAGUCCCUGUCUCUGCAAAUGCCGACGCAGCAAGAUUGGAAGGGCCCCCCGACAGCCAGUCCGGUCAUGUCUCCCACGACUCCUGUGUUCCCUGGUGCCACUUCCCAGCCCACGCCGGCGCCCUAUGCCAUGCCCGAGUUCCAGCGGGUCACCAUCAGUGGAGAUUACUGUGCCGGGAUCACUGUGGAGGACUAUGAGCAGGCUGCCAAGAGCCUGGCCAAGGCCUUGAUGAUACGGGAGAAGUAUGCCAGGCUUGCCUACCACCGCUUCCCACGGACCACUGCCCGCUACCUGGGUCAUCGGCGGGGAGACACUGUGCCUCCGGAAGAAGGCCUCCCAGAUUUCCACCCUCCCCCUCUGCCCCAGGAAGAUCCUUAUUGUCUGGACAAUGCUCCCCCGAACCUGGGCUACCUGGUUCGCAUGCGGGGGGGCAUCCUCUUCGUGUAUGAUAACAAGAAGAUGCUGGAGCGCCAGGAGCCCCACAGCCUGCCCUACCCUGACCUGGAGACCUACACCGUGGACAUGAGCCACAUCCUGGCUCUCAUCACGGAUGGCCCCACGAAAACAUACUGUCACCGGCGACUGAACUUUCUGGAAUCCAAGUUCAGCCUGCAUGAGAUGUUAAAUGAAAUGUCUGAGUUCAAAGAGUUGAAGAGUAACCCACACCGAGACUUCUAUAACGUGAGAAAGGUGGACACGCACAUCCACGCGGCGGCCUGCAUGAACCAGAAGCACCUGCUACGCUUCAUCAAGCACACGUACCAGACCGAGCCCGACCGGACCGUGGCCGAGAAGCGGGGCCGCAAGAUCACCCUGCGGCAGGUGUUCGACAGCCUGCACAUGGACCCGUACGACCUCACCGUGGACUCCCUGGAUGUCCAUGCGGGCCGGCAGACCUUCCAUCGCUUUGACAAGUUCAACUCCAAAUACAACCCUGUGGGGGCCAGUGAGCUGCGCGACCUCUAUUUGAAAACUGAGAACUACCUGGGAGGAGAGUACUUCGCUCGGAUGGUCAAGGAGGUGGCCAGGGAGCUGGAGGAGAGCAAGUACCAGUACUCAGAGCCACGGCUUUCCAUCUACGGCCGCAGUCCUGAGGAAUGGCCCAACCUGGCCCGCUGGUUCAUCCAGCACAAGGUCUACUCGCCCAACAUGCGCUGGAUCAUCCAAGUGCCCCGGAUCUAUGACAUAUUUAGGGCAAAGAAGCUGCUGCCAAGCUUUGGGAAGAUGCUGGAGAAUAUCUUCCUUCCCCUCUUUGAGGCCACAAUCAACCCCCAAGAUCACCAAGAGCUUCAUCUUUUCCUCAAAUAUGCAAGACCUCCCUCACAGGGUGGCUCUGACGGUUACGUUAGCUGUUGUGUGGUGACAGGGUUUGACAGCGUGGACGACGAGUCCAAGCACAGCGACCACAUGUUCUCAGACAAGAGCCCCAGCCCGGACGUCUGGACCAGUGAGCAGAACCCGCCGUACAGCUACUACCUGUACUACAUGUACGCCAACAUCAUGGUGCUCAACAACCUCCGCAGGGAACGGGGCCUGAGCACUUUCCUGUUCCGGCCUCACUGUGGGGAGGCUGGCUCCAUCACCCACCUGGUGUCUGCUUUCCUGACCGCUGACAACAUUUCCCACGGGCUGCUCCUCAAGAAGAGUCCGGUGUUGCAGUAUCUCUACUACCUUGCUCAGAUCCCCAUUGCCAUGUCUCCUCUUAGCAACAACAGUCUGUUUCUUGAAUAUUCCAAAAACCCUCUGAGGGAAUUCCUGCACAAGGGACUGCAUGUUUCUCUCUCCACCGACGACCCCAUGCAGUUCCACUAUACAAAGGAAGCCCUUAUGGAAGAAUAUGCGAUUGCUGCUCAAGUGUGGAAGCUGAGCACGUGUGACCUGUGUGAAAUCGCCAGGAACAGCGUGCUGCAGAGCGGACUGUCGCAUCAGGAGAAGCAAAAGUUUCUGGGACAAAAUUAUUAUAAAGAAGGACCUGAAGGAAAUGAUAUUCGAAAGACGAAUGUUGCUCAGAUCCGGAUGGCGUUCCGAUAUGAGACCCUAUGCAAUGAGCUCAGCUUCCUGUCUGAUGCCAUGAAAUCAGAAGAGAUCACGGCUCUGACCCAAUAGGUCCAGCAGUGGACAUGCAUCUUAACUUUUUGGUUUAAUUUCAAGUCUGCUGCGAUUAACGGUGGUCAACAUUUUACCAAACUAGGACCGCCCUCCACGGAGAGGAGGCCUCUAAAGAACUUUCAAACUAGUGAUUUUGGUUGCACCGUUCACUUUAAGAUCUAACAUGCCCACUUCUGUUAGUAUUUCUGAGUAAUAGAUGGUGACUCCUCCUUGGGGAUAUGGGAGCUGGACACUUGUCUGUACUCAUUCCAAAUUUUCCAAAUAUUUCUCUUGAAACCGCUAGUGCUUGCACUGCUGGGGCCAGGAUCUUCCAAGGUCCAGUGCCUACUGACAUGAGGUCUGUGUGGUUUUCUGCCAAAAUCCUCUAUAGACCCUGCAGGCUGGUUGGUAGUUGUUCAUUUCAGCCUCUGGCUGGCUGGCUGCCUUAAACAAAACCAAUUUCAAAGCUCCCUUUCAUAAAGGAACUACUUUGAAAGAAUGAAAAUAGAAAACUUCCUUCUUGACAAUUUGCAUUUUUUAUGAAUUUCGUACACUGUUUUCUUUAGCCCUCCACCCUCCUUUCUAUUUAGGAAGCCAAAUGUGCACACCGAACCAAUCGCUCCUAUUCUGUGUCUUGGUUUUCUUAUCUGAAAAGUGAGGGUUUGGACUAGAUGAGUCGUUUUCAAAUGUUGUUAUGUGAAUCCCCUCCAGGGCUGGGGGAGGUUCUGGGUGCUGCCUUCUUCAAAGCAACUCUGCUGUCAUCACUGUUACACUGGGCCUUCUACAUAUUUUCAUUUGAACUCAGGACUAUGAAAGACAUAGGAUUAGAUGAUCUCGGUUCCAAUAUUCUGAUGGUAGCCCAAUUACUAUUUUACUUAAGAAGAGUGAGGGCCAGGGAAGUGAAAUCUGUUUGAGGUCACACAGAUAAGUAAUAGGAGCAGAACUAGUUUCCCCACUCCUUAUCCAGUCCUUUCCCCACUAUUCCAUUAGAUCUCACAGAUGUUAGAGUUGUUUUAAUCACUAUUACCUCUGCAUUUUUUUUUUUUUUUAAGGUAAAAUGUCUCCCUUCUCUAACAUACAGACUUCUUCAGAAGACAUAGGUGGUCCCAGGGGCCAGGUAGAAAGCACUUCUUUUUUUUUUUUUUUAAAUUUAAAAUCAAUUGAUUAACAUAUAGUGUAUUAUUAAUUUCAGAGAUAGAAUUUAGUGAUUCAUCAGAAAGCAUUUUUUAAGACCAAUCUGAAUUUAAGCUUUACCAAUGUACUCUUCAUCUGUGUUACUAGUGCCUAGUACAUAGUAGGUGCUCAAUAAAUGUACAUUGAAUGAAUUUCUCUUUUGGCAACUUUUUAAGGACAUGUGCUCCAAGUAUUCAACAAGCUGCUCAAAGACCUUUCUGUCUAUUUCUGUGGGCAAAUGCAAAUUAUGAGAAGCCCUUCUGAAUUAUUAUAGACUUAGAAGAAUUCUAUUUUUGCUUGUGAAGAUGCUUCUUUGACUUUAGAUUGUCUUGUCCUGUGACUUUAUAAUGCUCAUCCCUUCCACUGGUUAACUUAGCAUACAGAACAGUAAAUGUAGUCUUUUUAUUAGGCAGACAUGUGUGCUCUUCCAGCUAAUGAUGAAACUGACUGAAAACCUAGCAUUUAUCUUACACAUUAUUUUUGAAAAACCCCCAUUUGUAUACAUUUGUCCUAACAUAGCAAUUAUUGUACAGUUUUUAAUUGUCAUUUUAUCUGUACCAAGUAUUUAUUUUUAAUUAUUAAAUAAAGUCUGUUAGGACUGUGGCUCAAUAA